CACCGAGACCGGAGGGAUCAUCACAACAACCAUGUUUGACGUUCCAGGCUACCGGAUUGUGCGAGUUCUAGGCACAGUCUACGGGAUGACUGUAAGGACGCGAAAUUGGGCAGCAGGGUUUGGCAUGGGGUUAAAGAGCAUGGUCGGCGGCGAGCUCAAAUGGCUCACGAAUAUGAUGUACUCUGCUCGGAACGAAGCCGUCUCGCGGGUAUGCGAUGAGGGUCGAAAGCGAGGCGCAAACGCUGUCAUUGCCAUGAGGUUCGAUAUCGCGGACUUGCCGCCACGCUACACUCAAGUCUGCUGCUAUGGCACUGCGGUCUUGCUGGAGAAAGUAGAUCCUGAUGCCACUGAUGUUCCUCAGCUGAAGUCAACUGCGCCUUGAGAAGAGAACUCAUUACCAGGCGGUGAUGCUCAUCACUUUUCUUGCCAGUUUACCAAUGCAGAGCGGCUUGACAAACGCUGCAAUACAAUUUUGUCUCUGCCAGUGUAUGGCGCGAUGUGUUCAGGGGGACGGGGUAGAGAGGACUUGAGAAGUAUGUAAUGUCAAUGCUAUUGUCCUAUAUUAUGAGGCCAUAGACCUGGAUGGUCUUCUA